AUGGCGAAGGACAACAGCAACAAAAGCAGCCCGGCUGUAUUUCCGCGCGAGAAGCUCAAUCAAGAUCUCCAGAAGAUAGUUGACCGGCAGGAUGACUGGAUGGAUGACCUCUACGAGGGCCAAGGCGCCGACUCAAUCGACACCAACUACAGAUAUGCCGCCUAUGCCGCCCGAGCGCGCACCAUUUUGCUUUCCGCCCAUCGCUACGUUGCCUACACCUCAGACAUCGGCGAGUCAUUCCGCCCCAUCGCACAUCCAUGGCUUGUCCGCGGCGCAUACGGCGUGUCAUGGGCAUAUUUGAUCGGCGACGUGUCACAUGAGGGCUGGAAAGCAUAUCACCGGAAUCAGAGGUUACUACAUCCGGAAAAUAAUGAGCAUUUUGAUGCAACGACACCGCAGAAAGAUAUGCCGGCACAGAAAGCAUUACCAGUGCCGGGGCAGAGUAUAAAGAUACCAGCGAUCGAGGACUACCGGGCGAUCAUGGUGCAGAGGGCGGUGUUUCAGAGCGUGGCCAGCAUGGGAUUGCCGGCGUUCACGAUACACAGCAUUGUCAGGUACUCGGGAAGAGCAUUGAAGAGUGUAGCGAAUCCAAUGUUACGGACGUGGGGUCCUAUAGGUCUUGGUCUGGCAGCUGUACCGGCACUGCCGUAUAUGUUUGAUGAGCCGGUCGAGUACGCGGUGGAAUGGGGCUUCUGGCAUGCUUUCAGAGCCAUUGGCGGUGAACAGGCCGUGGGGAACCGACCAGUCACGGGCAGGUCACAUCAACUGGUAAAGGAGAACCGGGUCGCAGAAGCGAUCAAAGAGAAAGAGAAGCAGUCAUGA